AAACUUCUCUAAAAGCUUCUUCGUUAAGGGAAAGCACUCAUAUAGAAGGAAAGAAAGGAGUUCAGGAAGAUAUAAACAGGUUUGCAGAUUUUGGAGGAUGCCUUUCAAGAAGCCUCAUCACACUGCAGAAUCUAGUUUCGUAACUAAGGUUGGCGGCAGGUAUGAGAUAAAACCAAGAGGACUCAACAUUGUCUGGGGAAAUGAUUCUCGAUAUUGGAAAAUACCAGACCAAGGUAAUGCGGAGCUGAUACAAGUUUCAUGGCUGGAGGUAUCUGGUGUAGCAAAUGAUGUAGAACGGAACAAGAAAUAUACUGUUACAUUUCACGUGAAAAUUAAAGAAGAUGGGUUCGGCUGGAAUGGCACUGAGGUAUUAGUGAUGGCUAAAGUUGGGAAAAAGGGAAAAUAUGACUAUAAGGUAGCGACACUAACUCCUGGUGCCUCCUUGAGCAUUCCAAUAGAAAAACUUGAAAUUACAGUGCCUCAAGAUGCAACGGACCGCGAUCUUUAUUUUGGAUUAUAUGAAGUAUGGAGCGGAAAAUGGAAGGGAGGCCUGGAAAUUAUCAGUGCGGAGGUCGUACCUAUCAACUGAUUUUCCUCGAUCAUCUCCUUCAUUUGUCAACCUCGACGAGUGGUUUGUGCUUCAGUUUGUAUUUGGCUUGAAUGUGUCAUAUGUAUAUGCCCUGCACCAUCUGAGACAAUAAUUACAUGCGCAGCGAGAAUAACUGUGCUCUAUUUAUGCGAGGCUAGGUGGGUCUCCAAAAGGGAAAAAUAAAGAAAUGAAAAGGUCUAUGAUAUUAGCAUUAAAAUAUUUGUAAUAAAUUAGUGGAUUUAAGGUUAUAUAUUUAUGUUUUAUAUAAUACUUCAUGUGCACCCCGUGUAUUAACUCAUUAUGGUUUUAAGUGUAGCAAAAUUAAGAAACAAAAACA